AUUAUUUUUUUAUUGUGAAUUUGCUGCCCUUCAGCAUCCAGGCUUUGCCCUCAUGUUGCCUUUUUCUGCUAAAUUAAAAAGAAAAACCAUCUACUACCAAAAAUCUCUUCCCCACUUAUUAUAGAUCACUUUCAGCCUGCCUUUGAUAUCACUAUAAAGAGAUUAUAUCUUUAGUCUCUCGGAUCAAGGUAUGUUUUGGGGACUUUGGAUCACUCUUGUUGCCCUGUUCUGAACAUUUUCCAAUUUUUCAGCUUUCUUGUUAAGUCUGGACAAGAGAAUAGGCUACACUAUUCUUGAAAUGGUCUCAGUAAGGCUGUGUGCAGAAGGGAGGAGUUGGUGUUUCAAGGCAUGCCUCAACAAGCCAGUCUGACUUCCAUUGAAGUCACCAUUGGAGCACAAUACUGGAAGGAAGGGAGGCAGAGCUCACACCAGGCUCAACGGUUCGAGGAAAUCCCGCCCCACAGUGACACAGCAAGAGGAGCCUCGUCUUAGCAGAAAUGAAAGUGAAAACAAGACCAGCCGAAGCAAUCAGAUAGAAAGAGGGGCUGCAGAGAGUGUCUGGACAAUUAUAUGCUGCUAUGGACUUCAGGACUUGUGUUCUUGCUUGCUGCUUUCUCUGCACCGGAAUCAUCAGGCACCACGACGGUUUUGCGGCAGCAGGUUCAACCGGCAGUCAAAGCAGGUGGCUUUUCUGUUCCUUGGAGACGCAAGAAGUCAUCCUGUUAUCGAGUGAAGUAAAGUACAACAGACAGGAUGCCUGGCUCCUGCUGGGAAGAGAGAAAUCAAACGGCGAUAUGCAGAGAAAUGACCCAGAAAAUCCUCCUCCUGACGACGCAGUCUUGUUUAUCGUCAAAGAGUCGUCAGUGGAUAUUCUUCGGCAUGCAGAUGGGGAUAUCAACAAGCUGAAGUGUAAGAUUAGCCCGUAUGUCACAGAUAACAUCCAGAUUCUCUGGCCGGGAGUGGCAUCCAGACCUGCUGAAUUAAACCCGUGGUUCACUGGCACAAUACAACACGUGGAUAACAAGUUCACCAUGACGGUCUUUUUCGUACAAUCCUCAAGUACCCACGAAGUGGAAGAUGGCCAGAAGCCUGGAAGCCGUGCAGAGAGAUUGCAUGCCUCAGGCGUGUUCCUGGUACGUGCUGGGCCUUCUGUUGUUCAUUCUGGCUUGAAGAAGGACAUCCUCCUCAACUGUGCUUUCUCGGUCGAUCACCACGCAGAUCUAACCAUCAGAUGGGUAUUGCUUCGGAAAGGGGGAAGCAAGAAAGUUCUGUUUGCUUACAAGGUCUCCGCCAAGAAGGUGGAGCAUCAGGAUAAGCGAGUCGAGGUGUUCCUGGCUGAGAUCCCCCGGGGAAACGCCUCGCUCUUACUAAGAGGGGUGCAAGUAAGAGAUGAAGGAAACUACGUGUGCUCGGUAGCUGCAUCUUCACUUCUUGGGGAGCAGGAGAUCAGACUGCAAGUGCUAGAAAAACCAACGGUGAUGCUCAAUGCUGACUCCCUGUUCUUGGUGGAAGGAGAAGAACAGAAGCUGGUCUGCAGUGUUAAAAACUUCUAUCCUCUGGACGCCCAGGCGCAGUGGUUUCGGGAGCCGAAGAAGCAAGGCAUGCUCCCGGAUGUGAUAAACCACGUUCUCUUUAGUAGCCACAAGGAGAACAGCAAUGGGACUUACAGCUACUCCAGCUACUUCCUACUUACAGCCUCGCUCAGGGAUGAUGGGCUCAAAUACACUUGCCACGUGGCCCACCAAAGUUUGACGUACCCGAUCAAGAAAAGCGUGAUGCUGAGAGUCACUGGGGCAGAAUCUGUCCAGCCCUUUGUGGUCCUAGGUGUCCUAACUGUGCUUGCUGUGCUGGUGUGUUGGUAUCUAUACAAAGUGAUGACUGCCAAUCAGCCCAGACCCUACUAGAAUACAAGGCUUUUCACUUUGGGCAGAACAGUGUUGCUGAUCCCCUUUGCGACAGCUGAAAUGCAGCCAAAAGUGGAAAGAGAACCUGCAGUUGCCGUCAUGCUGUGGCCGCAUCUCCAUCGCUUUAGCUAUACCUGGUGUCUGGAGAAGCCCUACCCCGGACU